AUGUCGGAAACUUACAAAAACUUUAAAGAAAACGGCAAAAAGAUCAUAGCAGUGUGCAGAAACUACAGAGGAUUGACAGCGGCACAGGGAAUACCCAACCCAGAAAAACCAGUCCUUUUUAUGAAACCAACGAGUGCCUACAUAUCCCAGGGUCAGAAUAUCAAGAUUCCUAUAAGAUGUAAAUUGUUAUAUCAUGAAGUGGAAUUGGGAGUUGUCAUCAGUAAGAAGUGUACAAAGAUCUCACCAUCUGAUGCUGAUAAUUACAUCGGCGGCUUCCUACUGGCCCUUGACAUGACUGCCAAAGAUUUCCAUAACGAAGCCAAAGAAAAAUCCAGACCAUGGUUUCUUUGUAAAGGAUUUGACACUUCCUGUCCCGUUAGUGAAUUCAUUGAGAAGGACCGGAUUCCAGAUUACAGUGAUGUUGGCUUGUGGCUGAAGGUUGAUGAUGUAAUGAAGCAAGACAGUCGUACCUCGGAUAUGAUUUUUUCUAUCCCGGAAAUAAUAUCUUACGUCAGUACGUACUUCACGCUGGAGUCUGGUGACGUCAUAUUAACAGGUACCCCGGCGGGAUCUGGACCUGUCUAUGGGAGUCAAUCAAUAGAAUGUGGGCUUGCUGAUAUCGUUUCUAUGAAAUUUUCCGUUGUCGAUACAAAUUGA